AUGCCACCCAAGCGCAAAGCCAGCUCACGCAUCCCAGCCAACGCCGCCUCUGCAGCCGCCUACACAGAUCGAGCCGGCGAUGCGCCCAACAAGCGGUCCAAGCUGUCCAAGCCAAUCGCGAAAGCUUUCACUACGGCCACAGAUCCCAAGGACGAGAUUGAUGAUGCGAUCGUCACCCAAGGCAGAGGCGGAGUCGAACACCAAGAUGAAGAGGAGUCCAACUUCGACCACUCGCGCCCAGAAGAAAAGGUUGGCAUCGUGGACAGACGAUUCUACCCAGCCGAGAUGAGCAACGAGCGAUGCGCGCUAUACAACGCCAACGACAUCCCGCGGCCGAUGGAGAUACUCAACGCGACACUGGCGAGCACGAAGGCGGCGCGAGAGAAGAUCGACAAGGGCGAGGCCGGUCACGCAGUCAUCCAUUGGUUCAAGAGAGAUCUGCGCGUUCGAGAUAACACUGCGCUUAGCCGAGCAAGUGCAGUGGCGAAAGGGAAGGGUAUUGGCCUGAUUGGCAUAUGGCUCAUGAGUCCGCAGGAUUGGGAAGCUCACUUGGUCUCGCCAGCAAAAUGCGACUUCGAGUUGCGGUCGGUGGCACUUCUGCAGAAAGAGUUGGCUGAGCUGGAUGUUCCGCUGUACAUCGAGACGGUGACAUCGCGUAAAGAUAUUCCGCAACGCCUUCUGAAUCUCGCGAAAGAGUGGAAGGUGAAGAACAUGUUUUGUAAUCUCGAGUACGAACCAGACGAGUUAAGACGCGAAGAGCGACUGGUGCGACUGGGAGCUGAGCAAGGCAUCAACUUCGAGCCUUUUCACGAUGACUGUGUCGUUCCCCCGGGCAGCCUCAAGACGGGCGCGGGAAAGCAGUUCGCUGUGUACUCACCAUGGUACAGAGCCUGGGUUGCUCAUCUACAUGCGAAUCCUCAUCUGCUCAACGAGAGGCCGAUCCCGGAGAAGAACCCCCCUGGCUUCAGAAAUAAGUUUGAGACUCUUUUCGAUCACGAAAUCCCGCCGGCGCCAGAUAGCAAAGCUCUGAACAUUGGGCAGAAGGAGCGGUUCUCUCGGCUUUGGCCUGCUGGCGAAGCCGCCGCUCUGGAUCGCAUCGGCCUUUUCCUGACCGAGAAGGUCGAACGAUAUACCGCUACCCGCAACUUUCCUGCGCAGAAAUCUACCGCGAGUGUGAGCGUACAUCAUGCAGCAGGAACGCUGGCUGCAAGGACAAGCGUAAGGAUGGCAAGGGACGUGAACAGCACAAAGAAACUAGAUGGUGGCAUUGAGGGAGUGAAAGGCUGGAUAGGAGAAGUGGCUUGGCGUGACUUUUAUAGGCAUGUUCUGGUCAAUUGGCCAUACGUUUGCAUGAACAAGCCCUUCAAAUUCGAAUACACAAACAUCGAAUGGGAGUACAAUAACGAGCACUUCCGCGCCUGGACAGAAGGCCGCACCGGCUACCCAAUUGUCGACGCCGCAAUGCGCUGUCUCAACUCCACAGCCUACAUGCACAACCGCCUGCGCAUGGUCACCGCCUCCUUCCUCGCCAAGCACCUCCUCUUAGACUGGCGCCUCGGCGAGCAGUACUUCAUCACGCACCUCAUCGACGGCGACUUCGCGUCCAACAACGGCGGCUGGGGCUUCUCCUCCUCCACGGGCGUCGAUCCGCAGCCAUACUUCCGUGUCUUUAAUCCGUGGCUGCAGAGCGAGAAGUUCGACGCUGAGGGCGAGUUUAUUCGCGAGUGGGUGCCGGAGCUGAGGGGAAUUGAAGGCCAAGGAGUGCACAAUCCGUAUCAGAAGGGAGGAGAGGCGGAGAGGAUUGCGAAGAAGGAGGGAUACCCUAAAGUAAUCGUGGAGCACAAGUUUGCGAGAAAUAGGUGCUUGGAGCGGUACAAGGCUGGGCUGGGGAGGGAAACAGCGUGA